AGCUAUCCUACCAACAGCUUCGUGGCUGACAUCGACCUCGAGUGUCUGACCGCACUAGAAGCAAGGAUAUUCGAGGAUUCCGAAGAAGCAGGACCUGCAGGCAACCAGCAGUGGGGUUUGGAUGCUGGCCAACAUCACAGGCGAUGGAAUGUGUAUCUCGGAAUUCCUGCUGAAUGGGUUUCUGGAAGAGAUUAUAGCGAGAGUGAACUUGAAGUGAGGAAGACAUUACCUGCUCCAUUCAAUAGAUAUCUAACUUAUGUGAUUGACAGCACGGCUCCUUAUUCAGUGAUAACUCUGAUGCUACAUCUUUGGAGUCUGCAGACGAGCUAUCCGAAGGUUCCUUCUCUGCCGGCUGAAGAAUGUCCGCCCGUUAAACGUCGAUGUCACGGUGCUCCACAGGCUCGAAGGGUCCAGAAAGGGAGGAAAAGAAAAUAGUCACUGGUUUAUGUA